AUGUUGACCAGAACCCGCUAUUGCCCUCAUUCGGACGCCGAUCGCACGCUACGCGGGACCUGGUGCACGCCCGAACUGGUCAAAGCUGUGGAAAAAGGGUACACCCUCAUCAAGAUCCACGAAGUCUGGCAUUUUCCCCCCGAGCAACGCCAAACGGGUCUUUUCGCCCCUUACGUCAACACCUGGCUGAAGUUGAAACAAGAAUCCGCGGGGUGGCCCAGUUGGUGUCAGACCCUCGAGCAGAAACGAGAGUACAUUCUUCGCUAUCAGGAACGGGAGGGGAUCCGACUGGAUAUUGCCAGCAUUGCCAAAAAUCCCGGUCGCAAGGCUACCGCCAAGCUCAUGCUGAACAGUUUCUGGGGCAAGUUUGGCGAGCGGAUCAACAAACCCACCACCGUCACCGUCAGAGACCCCGCCCAUUUGUUCAGCCUGAUCUCCGAUGCAGCUCUCGAUCUCAGUACACUCCGCCUCUGUACCGACGACAUCCUAGAGGCCGUUUACACCAGUGUCCAAGACAAUGCCGUCAAAGGCACCAAAACCAAUAUCUUUGUGGCGGCCUUCACCACGUGCCAUGCUCGACUCAAGCUCUACGAGUCCCUGGACACUCUUCAACAGCAAGUGCUUUACUACGAUACCGACAGUGUGGUGUACAAGUGGCGUCCCGGUCAACCCUCUAUCACCACGGGUGAUUUUCUAGGAGACAUGACGGAUGAAUUGGACGGGGACGUCAUCACCGAGUUCGUUUCGGGGGGCGCUAAGAAUUAUGGGUACCAGACCCGUGGAGGUAAAGUGGUGUGCAAGGUCCGCGGUUUCACCUUGAAUGUUCGGGGGUCGGCCAUUCUUAAUUUUCACACCAUGAAAGAGAACAUUCUCUCGGAAUUAGACUCGCCUCAGGACUCUCGCCGAAAUUUGAACAUUGUCACCCCUUAUCAUUUCACACGGGAUCUAGAGAAGAAACAAAUUCAAGUGGUUCCGCGCGUGAAG